ACGCCGCAUGAAGGGCGGAUGUCCGGGCCGGCUGGGCCGGGGUCGCGGGCGAGAUGGCGGAAGGUGGAGGCUGUUGUGAGCGACCGGAUGCGGAGACUCAGAAGUCUGAGCUCGGGGCCUUGAUGAGGACAACGCUCCAACGGGGAGCGCAGUGGUAUCUUAUUGACAGCCGAUGGUUCAAACAGUGGAAGAAGUAUGUGGGCUUUGACAGCUGGGAUGUGUACAAUGUGGGUGAACAUAACCUGUUUCCUGGCCCUAUAGACAACUCUGGACUCUUUUCAGAUCCUGAGAGUCAGACCUUAAAGGAACACUUAAUUGAUGAACUAGACUAUGUAUUGGUCCCAACUGAGGCCUGGAAUAAAUUACUAAACUGGUAUGGCUGUGUAGAAGGCCAGCAGCCCAUUGUCAGAAAAGUUGUGGAGCAUGGCCUGUUUGUCAAACACUGCAAAGUGGAGGUAUAUUUGCUGGAAUUGAAGCUCUGUGAAAACAGUGACCUCACCAAUGUGUUCAGUUGCCAUUUCAGUAAAGCAGACACCAUUGCUACCAUCGAGAAGGAGAUGCGGAAGCUAUUUAACAUCCCUGCGGACCGUGAAACACGGCUCUGGAACAAAUACAUGAGCAACACCUAUGAGCAGUUGAGCAAGCUAGACAACACUAUACAGGAUGCUGGGCUAUACCAGGGUCAGGUGCUAGUCAUUGAGCCUCAAAAUGAAGAUGGCACAUGGCCCAGGCAGACCCUACAGUCAAAAUCAAGCACUGUGCCUAGCAGAAAUUUUACUACCUCUCCAAAAUCAUCAGCAAGUCCCUAUUCCUCAGUGUCUGCCUCUCCCAUUGCAAAUGGUGAUAGCACUAAUACCUCUGGGAUGCACAGUUCCGGUGUCAGCAGGGGUGGAUCUGGCUUCUCUGCUUCGUGUAACUGUCAAGAGCCUCCGUCAUCUCAUAUACAGCCUGGGCUCUGCGGACUUGGAAACCUGGGGAACACCUGUUUCAUGAACUCUGCUUUGCAGUGCCUUAGCAAUACAGCACCACUGACUGACUACUUUCUCAAAGAUGAGUAUGAGGCUGAAAUUAACAGAGAUAACCCUCUGGGGAUGAAGGGGGAGAUUGCAGAGGCCUAUGCUGAGCUCAUAAAGCAGAUGUGGUCUGGAAGAGACACUCAUGUGGCACCUCGUAUGUUCAAGACCCAAGUGGGACGUUUUGCCCCUCAGUUUUCUGGCUACCAGCAACAAGAUUCUCAGGAGCUAUUAGCCUUUCUUUUAGAUGGAUUGCAUGAAGAUCUGAACCGAGUAAAGAAAAAGCCCUACCUAGAGCUGAAGGAUGCUGAUGGGCGGCCUGAUGCGGUGGUAGCAAAGGAAGCCUGGGAGAAUCACAGAUUGAGGAAUGAUUCUGUGAUUGUGGAUACUUUUCAUGGCCUCUUUAAGUCUACUUUGGUUUGUCCAGAAUGUGCUAAGGUUUCUGUGACCUUUGAUCCAUUUUGCUAUCUUACUCUCCCACUGCCCUUGAAGAAAGAUCGAGUUAUGGAGGUCUUCCUGGUUCCUGCUGAUCCUCACUGCAGACCUACCCAGUACCGUGUGACUGUGCCACUGAUUGGGGCCGUGUCUGACCUAUGCGAGGCUCUCUCCAGGCUCUCUGGCAUUGCUGUAGAAAAUAUGGUGGUCACAGAUGUGUAUAAUCACCGGUUCCAUAAAAUUUUCCAAAUGGAUGAAGGUUUAAACCACAUCAUGCCUCGGGACGACAUUUUUGUGUAUGAGGUUUGCAGUAUUUCCAUGGAUGGCGCAGAAUGUGUCACGCUUCCAGUCUACUUCAGGGAGCGGAAGUCAAGGGCAUCGAGCACUUCCUCCGGGGCAGUGCUGUAUGGGCAGCCACUGCUGAUUUCUGUCCCCAAGCACAAGUUAACCCUCCAGUCUUUGUACCGGAUUGUUUGUGAUCGUAUCAGCCGGUAUAUGAAAAAGCCUUUGCCUGAUGAGUCUGGUGGCACACCCUUGGAACCAGGGGCCUGCAAUGGCUCCAGGAGUAGUUGUGAAGGAGAAGAUGAAGAAGAAAUGGAGCAUCAGGAAGACGGUAGAGAGCAGCUUUCAGAAGCACAAGGCAGUGGAGAAGAUGAGCCAGGAAGUGACCCCAGUGAAAUCACCCAGAAAAGGGUCAAAGGCCAGCCCUGUCCCAAAAGUCUUUUUACCUUCAGUCUUGUGAACUCCUAUGGGACAGCUGACAUAAAUUCACUUCCAACUGAUGGAAAACUACUUAAACUCAACUCUCGAUCCACACUGGCCAUUGAUUGGGACAGUGAGACCCGGAGCCUUUACUAUGAUGAGCAAGAAUCUGAGAUCUAUGAGAAGCAUGUGAGCAUGUUACAGCCUCAAAAGAAGAAGAAGACCACAGUGGCCCUGAGAGAUUGCAUCGAGCUCUUCACCACUAUGGAGACCCUUGGGGAGCAUGACCCCUGGUAUUGUCCCAACUGUAAGAAGCAUCAGCAGGCCACAAAGAAGUUUGACUUAUGGUCCUUGCCCAAAAUUCUGGUGGUCCACCUCAAACGUUUCUCUUACAACAGAUACUGGAGGGAUAAGCUUGACACAGUUGUGGAAUUCCCAGUCAGAGCAUUGAACAUGUCUGAGUUUGUCUGUGACCUGUCAGCAAGGCCCUACGUGUAUGACCUCAUUGCUGUGUCCAACCAUUACGGAGCCAUGGGAGUUGGUCACUAUACUGCAUAUGCAAAGAACAAACUGAAUGGGAAAUGGUAUUACUUUGAUGAUAGCAGUGUGUCCCUGGCCUCUGAGGAUCAGAUAGUGACGAAAGCAGCUUAUGUGCUAUUUUACCAGCGUCGAGAUGAUGAAUCUUAUAAGACACCUUCACUCAGCAAUUUUCCAGGUUCCUCUGAUGGAGGGUCGAGACCAAGCAGUUCACAGCAGGGCUUUGGGGAUGAUGAGUCUUGUAGCAUGGACACCAACUGACAUUGCUUGGCCACCCUGCAGCACCAGUGCAGUCCCUCAGGAGGACAUCUUUCACAUUCUGAAAACUGCUUGUGUUCAGUCUAAAUAGCAGAUAAGGAAAUUCCCUUCUUUUAUGAGCAGAAGGAAAAAAAAAGACCCUCUUUGCUUGGAAGGGUUAUGUCAAGAGGCUGAAUUAUUUUUCUUUUUAAACAGGUGGUGAGAAAUUUCUGUAAAAUCUGUGAAGCUGAAAAGUGGGGUAGGGUGGGGGUGCUCAGGAGUAUGUCUGAUGGAUUCCAAAGAAUGGAGAGGAACACAUUGAGUGUGGUGCAGCUGUGAAGAGCCCACACAGCACUGCCCGAACUCCUGGAUUUCUGCUUCUGGUGCUGAUACUGCUCCCCAAGUAGUCUGCCCACAGUAAACCAAGUCUCAAGUAAACUUGGUUUGUCCCCUUUACCCUUGC